UUUACAAUCCAAAGGUCCAGAAUAUGCUUAUCAAAAUUGCCGUUUGUGCCAUUUACAUUUUGAAAAAAAAUGGUACAAUGUUAACAAAAUUAAUGCUCGUCUUCACCCAGAUGCUGUACCUACUUUAUUUGGACUACAUUUAGAACAAGAAAAUAUAACAACUAAUAAAACACAAAAGGAAGAUGCAUUGGCAGAAAAAACGAAUAGAAAUACAGAGGCAACUGAUAUUCAAAUGGUUGAAAUACAGGAAGAGACUAGCAAUGCCAACACUUCAGAAAUAAUCUCUUCAAAAAUUCUGCCAAUCACUACUGUUAUCCAUGACAUAGAGGCUGGAAAAGUUAAACCAAGUACAUCCGGAAGUCAAUGUAUCAAGACAUCAUCGGAUGAUAGCCCAAGAAAGAGAAAAUUACGUUUGAAAAUCAAGAGAUUACAGGCACAAAAUAGAACUCUACGUGAGACAGUUCGACGACUUCGUUUAGAAAAGAAGAACACCAAGAAGGUAAAAAUUAGAGAAGUCAAAAUGAAUGAAUAUGGGCGUUUCAAAAAAUUAGGCCGUAAGUUAUUCCCUGACAAUUUUAAUAAAAUAUUAAUGGCACAAGUUGACGCACAACUGAAAAGUAGACGUGGCAUGAGAUAUGAUCCCGAAUUUAAAAAAUUUGCCUUAUCAAUAUAUUUUUUAAGUCCACGCACUUACCGAGAAUUGCAAAAAUCUAUUACAUUGCCUUCUUUUUAUGAACGAGACAGCACACAAUGGAUAAAAGCAGCUCCUCAAUUAUCGAUGGAUCAUAUAGAGCCAAAACAUUCGGAAACUCAAAAUUGUGCUCCUGAUAAUGAUGAUAUAUUAAAUAUUAUUGGAAAGUCUAGUAGCAAAGAGUCCACAACUUCAGAAUUGGUUCCAUCUUCGACGUAUAAAGUUUUAAAAAUUCCGACUCACGAUUAUCAAACAAUGACUUUGCCAGAAGAGAAUGCAUUUAACGAGGCACCGGGUAGGAAGCGGGUCCGGGUAAAGGAUUACUCAGGUAUUUCUAGUUACAACGGGCAUUGCGUGAGCGUGAUUCUACCUACUGUCUAA